GCGUAAUUAACAGAUUUUGUCGUAAUGACCUAAUCUAUGUCUACAAUCUUUCUAAAUAUUACGACAAAACUACGGGAUCAUAUUCAUCAGAUACAGUUUGUUAAUAGAAAGCAAUACGGAUCACAAUCACUCUAAGGCUGUGGAUUGAGAGCGAUCUAACUGAUAUUAUUGAAAUUGGAUGCUGAUGCUGCCGCACAAUAAUAACGAAGUUUGAUUAUUAUACUGUUAUUAUACUCUAUAGAGGUGGACGUGGAUCAUCAAUUACGGUCAUGAUCGGAUUUAUCUGCUGCUAAUUGUAGAAGCGUUACGUUGACAUCUACAUAUUUACCUUAGUUCGUACAAUUCGGCCAUCGAUCAUUCACCAUUCCUGCCAACUGUAUUUGGUCAGAGGGACCUGUCUCCCAACUGGCCGUCCCAACUAACCUUACAAUAACUGAUGUCUAUGCACGCGUUGCAACCGCUAGAUGGAGUUACCAGAGUUCUCGCAACAUUUCCCACUUUGAAAUGACAUUAGAAUUAAUAUCAUCACCAGAGAAUGAUCUCCGCAAUAAGUUCAUAACUGAUGUACCAAAGAGCAUGCGCUUAUACCAGUUUUCUGACCUUAUACCAAAUACAACAUAUUCCAUUCAACUAGCGGCCAUGGGGACCCAUAGAGCGGGUAAUUCAACGAAUCCAGUUACGUUCUCUACGAUCAUGGAAGAUGAUAUCGCUGAAAAUGAGGCAUCUAUGAGAACAGGAGAGAUCAUCGUCAUAGUACUUAUUUUAGUAGCCUGGGCAUGCGCAUUAGCGCUCUUUUAUCAUAAAUGGAAGGGUAUUCGUGUUUUACAACCACCUAAUCCCAGGUAUAAACACAGCCCCAAAAAUUUAGACACCAUAAAAGUGGUUAAGCGUGCUACAGAUAGCGUUAUAUACAAAAGCUACACUAGACAAUAUUCAAAGACUCUACUUGCAAGGGAGAAACACAUUGCCCGUAUGAGCACUAUGCCAGAGUUGGACCAUUAUCCCGGACAAUUAAAGAUUGAUAGCUCAAAAAAACAAGGCACUAUGAAGGAUGACGCGAUGCGUAAAGACGACACAAAAGGUAGUGCAAUACCGAUGCACAGAGUACAAACAAUGCCUAUGAUGCUGGAAAAGGAUGAGGACCAAGAAAACACUUCUCAAGUAAAACAUAAGGAUGACAAACAAACCAAAGAUCGGCAAGACGUCUCCACAGUAUGAAAGCCCAUAUGUGAUGCACAGUAAUGUACGGCGGGUGGGUUAUAUGUCUGCCGUCUCGAUAGUGCAAAAAACAAAGGUAGUACACACUGUAAUUCGUAGAUCUUGGGUUCUGCCUGCCGUCUUGGCAGUAUAAACCUACGACAAGUGCGUCGCCAAGAUUUAAAAGCAGGCGAGACAAACUAAAUCUUUAGGAAUAUAAUACUACAAUUGGGCUUUAAUUUCACAGUCUCAACAAGAAAACACAUGAAGAAAUAUUUUGAACUAAGCCGCCUGCGGUAUGUGAUACUUAUCUGCUUAUUGUACUGUCAGAUAAAUUAUACCUUUUAGGAGAGUUGGAUAGGCGCAAGUUGAUGAUA